AUGCUUAAACAUGUAUUUUAUUCAACCGAACAUUGGAUAAAACGCGUUGUGAAACGUUGGUUACAAGAAAUACUAACUACUUCUGAUGUGGUUCUAUCUGAAGGUGUUGGAGUAGAUUUAAUCUGUUUGGCAGAACAACCUCUUCAUGCAGUUCCAUUGUUUAAAAUUUUAUCUGAAUCUUUUAUAAAUCCAGAAGAAUAUGUUGCACCUCAUUGGAUUAAUUGCAGCUAUUUUAAAUCAGCACAAGAAUUGAAAUAUAUUGAAAUGGGCAAACCAUUUCCACGGGUUAAAGUUGUUUCUUUUAAACAUUCAAAUGAGGUACCCAUUUCGGCAUUUAUCAAUAAUCUACCAAGAGAUGAUCAUGAACCUGGUAAUCAGCAAAAGAACGUCUCAAAGGAAAAUUUUGAUGAUACUAUUCCUACGACUACAUUUAUUACUAUCACUAAGUCAUCUCUUCCUAUCUACCGUAUCGCCUAUCCACCAUAUCAAUCACCAUCUAACCAAAACAAACGUAAAAAAUCACAUCAACUACCGAAUGAAGUAAUCAGUGGGAAUAUAACAAAAUCUCACGAUUCCAUAACAAGUGAUUAUUGUUCACCAUCAACUGUUCGACAUCAGCUGGAUGAUAAUCCUUCACAUAUGAUAUCAUCUAUAACAGAUCAGUCAUCUUCCGUAGAAUCAAAUCUUAUACCUAUUUGUUGCUUGAAUUAUACAACACAAAUUUCAAAGAAUGCAAUAACAGCUAUUUGCAAAUCUAAACAAAUUGUUUCAACAUCAUCAUCAUCAUAUAGGAAUUUAUCACGAAGUUAUGAUUCGUAUAUCACGUCUAAUGGUUCUAUAACUCCUCUAGUUAGUUCAACUAAUGUUAGCGGUAUCGGCUUUGGUAUUACCAGUCAUAGUCAGAUUGUUAAUAUAGAUAAAUACCAACCAACUAAUCACAUACAUACGUCAUUGUCACGUGUCUCAUCUAUUGGUGGUAGUAAUAACAGUGGUAGCGGUAGUAUUAGUGGUUAUACAACAAUUACCUCGCUCCCAUCGGUUCGUGAACGCUGUAUAGAAAAUAGUCAAUUAAUAACUGAUAAAAUCAGAUUUUAUCAAUUCCAGUGA